AUGGGUUCUGCCCCCGUUUCCUUGGCCCAGUAUAUGGUACCCCCAUCCUGUGGCUCACCCUCAUCUGCUGCCGCACUGUACUAUCCACCAGCUCACAAGCCUGACUUACCACCAUUUAAUCAGGCUAACCCACGCAUCUGGUUCGCCAUUGUGGACAGUAUUUUUCAUAUUCUCCGAAUUCAUGAGGAUGACACAAAAUUUGCUCUCCACGUCAGUCACCUCCAUAAUUUCAUGGAGUUAUUUUCUGAUAUUAUACUUGACCCACCUGCACAUGACAAAUAUGUUGCACUUAAACAAGCCAUUAUCGAGCGCGCUUCGUGCUCCAAAACUGAAUUGUUACGCCAAGCAAUUUAUCACAAACCACCCGGAGACCAGUCUCCAUUCCAGUACUGGCGAUACUUACAAGCUAUGGUUCCCAAGGAAGCCCUGCCAGACGACUCCCUUUGGACUAUUUGGUUGGAUACAUUCCCUUUAACCUUGCAGUUAACGCUCUUGCCUCAGAGACACCUUUCCCUAGAUGCUAAUCUGCGCCUAGCAGACGAAGCUUAUACCCUAUUCAAACCCCAUCAACCAGUUGCUGGUUCCAACAGUUUCAUCUUACAAUCUUUACACCUUCCUACAUCCCCUGGCGACCACGCAGGACGUGAUGCACUCUUCGCCAACUGA